AUGAGCCAGUCCGCACGAGCCGCCCGCAAGCGCAAACUUGCCGCCCUACAACAACAACCCGAACCCGCGCCAACCCUGCAACCAUCCCAACGAUCACAACCAUCCGCCCGCGAUGCUGCCCCACCCAUGGCCCCCGACGACGAACGCUGCAAAGUCCUUGGCGCGAUCCGUGAAGCGUUGUUGAGGGAGGGGAAUAGACCUAGCUCGCCGAGGGAGUUGGCGGCGAUUAUUUUGAGGGAUGGGUUGGCUGUGCUUGGAGGUCAAACACCCUACGCAACCGUCUCCUCCCGGAUCUCUCAACACUUCAAACGCUGCGCCGAAGCCUCGCGUCGGCCCCUCCUCGGCAAGAUACCGGGCGGCACCACCUCAUCCCUUGCCCCCACAAUCCAACCAGAGGCAUCGGACGCGUCGACCACCACCACCCCACCCCGAAAAUGGCGCUACUACCUCGACGGCGUCCCCCUCCCCGCCAACGAAGCCGCCACCGCAGGCCGCGUGGACGCCAUGUCGGCCGUCACGGAGAUGCAGGCACAGUUGAGGCGGAAGAAGGCCGCGGCUGCUACCUCUGUCUCUGAAGAUGACACCCGGGCAAUGAGGACGCGUGGGCGGCGGGGCGAGACCUCUCCUUCUUCUGGGACGGAGAGCGUGGAGGUGAAGACGAAUGUGGUGAAACGAAAACGGAGGAAUGGGGUCGCAGAUGUGGACGGCGCACCUGCGUCGCCGCCCCCGUCUGCGUCGACGGAUUCGGCAACCGGGGAUGCGGACGAUCACGGCAACAAUGUCGGUUCCGCGUCCGACGAUGAAACGGGACACGCGGCCGACCCCGACCCGCCAGCGAAACGCAGCCGCCGUACCAACACCACGAAACCACCCCGCCCUACCACCACCACCGUGAAACGCACCUCGACACGCACCAAGGCAGGCGCACCCCCCGCCGCCGCCGUCCCGAUCGCUGCUGAGGAAUAA